UUACUGCAGUUUAGGGUUAGUUGUGAAAUCCCUGUUAACCAGAACACUCACAAAACUAAAGGCUCCAGGAGGAAACAUAUUUUGUCAGUGAAAUAGUAACUUCAGGACAAUUUUUUUAAAGUAAUGGGGAUUUUAGAUCUCUUUCUCCAGUCCUCCACCUCCAUCUCCCUGUUGGAGGGUCUUGGGGUCCUGCUCCUCAUCUACCUUGUUUCCUCCUCCACCUUCAGCUCCAAGGAAGACAGAAAAGGACCUCCAGGACCCAAACCAUUUCCCCUAAUUGGGAACCUGCUGCAGCUUGAUCUCAAGAGACCAUACAACACAUUACUGAAGUUUUCCAAGACAUAUGGAUCAGUGUUCACUGUGUAUUUGGGACCCCAAAAAGUGGUGGUCCUGGCUGGGUACAAGACAGUGAAAGAGGCACUUGUCAACUAUGCUGAAGAGUUUGGUGAAAGAGAUCCAAUGUUAAUAAUGCAGGAAUAUAGUCAAGGCCAUGGGGUUUUAUGGUCCAAUGGUGAUUUGUGGAAAGAGAUGAGGCGCUUUGCUUUGACUAACCUGAGAGACUUUGGGAUGGGCAAGAAGGCGAGUGAGGACAAAAUCAUUGAGGAAUGUGACCACCUCAUUGAAGUGUUUAAGAAAUUUAAAGGUGAAGCUUUUGAUUCGACCCAACUAAUGAACUAUGCAGUCUCUAAUGUUAUCUGCUCCGUUGUUUAUGGCAGCAGAUUUGAAUAUGAUGAUCCAGAGUUUACAUCCCUGGUAGAUCGAACAAACAGAAACAUUCAACUUGUGGGCUCCCCGUCAGUACAGUUGUAUAACAUGUUUCCAUGGAUCGGUAAAUGGUUUGGUGGGAAGAAGGAAAUGGAGACAAUAUUUGCUGCCAACAAGAAACAUAACUUACAGCUGUUCAGUCGUUUGAAAGAGACCCUCAAUCCACAGAUGUGCAGAGGCUUUGUGGAUGCCUUUCUGGUCCGAAAUCAAAAUCUGGAGGAAUCUGGGAUUUCCAACAGUUACUUCCACGACCGCAACCUUAUGCAGACAGUUAUUCAUAUUUUCGGGGCUGGCACUGACACAACAGCAGCUACACUGAGAUGGGCACUUCUGUAUAUGGCCAAGAAUCCAAAAAUACAAGACCAGGUCCAAGAAGAGCUGAGCAGGGAGAUAGGAAGUCGUCAAGUGCAGGUUGAGGACAGGAAGAACCUGCCCUUCACCGACGCUGUCAUCCAUGAGACACAGAGACUGGCCAGCAUCCUCCCGAUAGCAGUGCCUCACAAAACGAGCCAAGACAUCACCUUCCAGGGUCACUUCAUUAAGAAGGGUACAACGGUAUUUCCUCUCUUAACAUCUGUCCUGUAUGAUGAGAGCGAGUGGGAGAAGCCACACAGCUUUUAUCCUGCUCACUUUUUGGAUAAAGAUGGGAAGUUUGUCAAGCGAGAAGCCUUCAUGCCGUUUUCUGCAGGUCAAAGGGUUUGUCUCGGAGAGGGUCUGGCCAGGAUGGAGCUCUUCAUCUUCUUCACCACCCUGCUGCAGCACUUUCAUUUCACUCCUCCUCCUGGAGUUUCAGAGGAUGAACUGGAUCUGACUCCACGUGUGGGCUUUACCCUCAACCCUUCACCCCAUAAACUGUGUGCUGUUUCCUGUAUUAAGCAAACUCACAAAACUGAGGCUCCAGAAGGAAAAAUAGAAGUUGCAACUUCAGGACAAGUCAUGGGGGUAUUAGAACUGUGUCUCCAGUCCUCCAACUCUAUCUCCCUGUUGGGGGGUCUGUUGGUCCUGCUACUCGUCUGCCUCGUCUGCUCCUCCAGCUUCAGCUCCAAGGAAAACAGAAAAGAACCUCCAGGACCAAAACCAUUUCCCCUAAUCGGGAACCUGCUGCAGCUUGACCUUAAGAGACCCUACAACACAUUACUGAAGCUUUCCAAGACAUAUGGAUCAGUGUUCACUGUGUAUUUGGGACCCCAAAAAGUGGUGGUCCUGGCUGGGUACAAGACAGUGAAGGAGGCACUUGUCAACUACGCUGAUGAAUUUGGUGAAAGAGAUCCAAUGUUAAUAAUGCACGAAUCUAAUCAAGGCCAUGGGGUUUUAUGGGCCAAUGGUGAUUCGUGGAAAGAGAUGAGGCGCUUUGCUUUGACUAACCUGAGAGACUUUGGGAUGGGCAAGAAGGCGAGUGAGGACAAAAUCAUUGAGGAAUGUGAAUACCUCAUUGAAGUGUUUAAGAAAUUUAAAGGUGAAGCUUUUGAUACGACCCAAAAAAUAAACUAUGCAGUCUCUAAUAUUAUCUGCUCCAUUGUUUAUGGCAGCAGAUUUGAAUAUGAUGAUCCAGAGUUUACAUCCCUGGUAGAUCGAACAAACAGAUACGUUCAACUUGUGGGCUCCCCAUCAGUACAGUUGUAUAACAUGUUUCCAUGGAUCGGUAAAUGGUUUGGUGGGAAGAAGGAAAUAGAGGUGAUAUUUGCUGUCAACAAGAAACAUAACUUACAGCUGUUCAGUCAUUUGAAAGAGACCCUCAAUCAACAGAUGUGCAGAGGCUUUGUGGAUGCCUUUCUGGUCCGGAAGCAAAAUCUGGAGGAAUCUGGGAUUGCUAACAGUUAUUUCAACGAACGCAACCUUAUGCAGACAGUUAUUAAUCUUUUCGGGGCUGGCACUGACACAACAGCAACUACUCUGAGAUGGGGACUUCUGUUUCUGGCCAAGAAUCCAAAAAUACAAGACCAGGUCCAGGAGGAGCUGAGCAGGGAGAUAGGAAGUCGUAACGUUCAGGUUGAGGACAGGAAGAACCUGCCCUUCACCGACGCUGUCAUCCAUGAGACACAGAGACUGGCCAGCAUCCUCCCGAUAGCAGUGCCUCACAAAACGAGCCAAGACAUCACCUUCCAGGGUCACUUCAUUAAGAAGGGGACCACGGUAUUUCCUCUCUUGACAUCUGUACUUCAUGAUGAGAGUGAGUGGGAGAGGCCACACAGCUUUUAUCCUGCUCACUUCCUGGACAAAGACGGGAAGUUUGUCAAGCGGGACGCCUUCAUGCCUUUUUCUGCAGGUCGAAGGGUUUGUCUCGGAGAGGGUCUGGCCAGGAUGGAGCUCUUCAUCUUCUUCACCACCCUCCUGCAGCACUUUCGUUUCACUCCUCCUCCUGGAGUUUCAGAGGAUGAGCUGGAUCUGACUCCACGUGUGGGCUUCACCCUCAACCCUUCACCCCAUAAACUGUGUGCUGUUUCCUGUAUGUGAGCAGUAGGGCUUGAAAUGCAGCUUGGCCCACUUUUAUGACUUCAACUCCCUUCAAGAGAGUAUAUUUUCAUUUGUACAGCAUUAUAUUCCAUGUAGUGCAACAGCAAUAAAAAAAAAAUCAAAGAUUUGCAGAUAAGUAACUAACUGCAGAUCAGUAACCUGAUGAUGCACCAGAUGAUUUGUUACACAGAACCAUCUGAGAAGCCAUCAUUGGGAACUGUUUGAAAAAAGGGCAGGAGCUUAAAAAAUACAUGGCAGAUGAUUCAUAUACCAUCUGUCUAUAACAUCAGCCAUUGUGUUUUUAACGAACAGUCUCAGGCGUCACAUACACCUAAACCACAGGCCAUAGAUGCCAGUAGCUCCAUACCGGAAGCUGAUUGGUUCAGUAAGCUGGUAGUUGAGAUACAAAUGCAUUACUUAAAGCCUGAAAUGAUGGAAUUUCAUGUGAUCUUGUGAUACCGUGACUAGCUGCAUUCAAGGUCAGCCAUUCAGACCAGGUAGAUGGUUUUCUCUACAUCCAUUGGCUUCUCUGACUAUCCUGCCAUUACAAGUUUAGAUGGCAUCCAUAUCACUCUUGCUGAGCCACCUAAAUACUUUAGAAUUUGGCUUGACAGCAGACUGGAAUUUAAGAUUCAUAUUCAACAUUUGAGCCAAAAUAUGGUUAUCAAACCAGGCCUGGCAACCCUAAAAAUACUGUCAGCUUCCUCAUAAAGUGUGUAUUGUCCGCCGUUCAUGAGUGUAAAUUUUAAAAAAGUAGUUACAGUAAUGAAAAUGUUAAACACCACUGAUGUAAUUAAAAAAAUGUUGUUGAAUGUCUGCUUUAGAAGUCCUGAUGUUCCAGCAAUGGACUUUCCUUAUUAGCUACAUACGGUAUAUCUGAAGAGCACAAUCAUUUUGAAACUUAUAACAAAAAUGGCUUUCUUGUAACUAGCUAAAUACAAAUUUAAUAUUGUCAUGUAAACAAUAAAGACCUCAAUAUGUCUGA